AUGCUUGGUAGUGAACAACUAAAGAAGGAACUGAAUGCAUGUGUAUGGUCGGAGUUGAUAGAACCUGAUGCAUUUGAGGAAACUUGGCAUGCUAUAAUGGAAAGAUAUGGGCUGGCCAAUAAUGACUGGUUUUCAUCAAUGUUUGCAUCCAGAAAGUUUUGUGUUCCAGCCUUUUUCUGUGAUUUUCCGAUGAGUUCGUUGAUAAAGACAACUUCUUUGUCUGAAUCACAGAAUAGCUUCUUUAAAAGGUACUCAAAGUCUCGGGCUAACCUUAUGCAAUUUUAUAUGAACUAUAACCAUGCUCUGGAGACUCAAAGAAGAGUGUCUACCAAUAGAGAGAUUGAAGUAUAUAACAUAAAGGACAAGGAUUCAAACUCAUGGACAGUGACUUACUCCAUUGGUGAUGACAUCUAUUUGUGUGGAUGCAAAACGUUUGAGAGACUUGGUCUAUUGUGCAGUCAUAUAUUUUGUGUGUUGAAAAAUAAUUUUGUUAAGUUGAUACCCGAGAAGUUGCGUGGAGGAAGAUGGUUGAAGUCACAGUUUGUGAAGCCAAUACAUGGAGGUUUUUGUGAUGAUCAAGAAAUACACCUUGUUGUGGACAAGAAGAAGAUUACAUUUAAAAACUUGUAUGCAUUAUUCAUUGAAACAGCACAAAGUAUUGAAGGGAAUAUUGAUCAAAUCAAUAUAUUUGCUGCAAUUAUUGAAGAAGGUAAGAAGCAGCUUCUCGGAGAAGGUAUUGUUCUGUCUUCCACAGAUAAGAGAGCAUUGAUUGAGAACUUCUAUGGCUCACAAGUUCCGAACUUUAUUGAAGUUCAUCCUCCUGAUGUUGUUAGUACAGAGGGAAGUGGAGGCAGGAAGAAAUCGAAAAAGGAGUCAGCAAUGAAGUUAGCAAUGAAACUAGGCCGAAAGUGUGGAAACUGUCAUGAGAUUGGACACCAUGAUUCUAGGAACUGUAAAAAGGUUAAUGAAAAGGCAAAUCAGAGGCAAUGA